AUGGGUGAGAGCCAGUGUCCCGCUCACCAGCGUGUCUUGAAAGCCAAUGUCGCUGGUGCUGGUACCAGCGUCCGCGACUGGUGGCCAGACCGCUUGAAGCUCAACAUUCUCCGCCAACACAACCCCGUAUCCAAUCCUCUCGGCGAGGAAUUCGACUAUGCCGCCGCAUUCAACAGCCUCGACUACUAUGCCCUUAAGAAAGACAUCCAGGACCUGAUGACUGACUCCCAAGAUUGGUGGCCUGCUGACUUUGGCCACUACGGUGGUCUCUUCAUUCGUAUGGCUUGGCACAGUGCAGGUACCUACCGCGUCUUCGACGGUCGAGGUGGUGGUGGCCAGGGUCAACAACGUUUUGCUCCCCUCAACAGCUGGCCCGACAACGUCAGUCUCGACAAGGCCCGUCGUUUGUUGUGGCCCAUUAAGCAGAAAUACGGAAACAAGAUCUCGUGGGCCGAUCUGCUAUUGCUUACUGGUAACGUCGCCCUCGAGUCCAUGGGUUUCAAGACCUUCGGUUUUGCUGGUGGCCGUGCCGAUACUUGGGAAGUAGACGAGGCAGCCAACUGGGGAGGCGAGACUACCUGGUUGGGAAAUGAUGUUCGCUACUCCGGUGGCCAGGAAGGUGUUGAUGCUAAGGGUGUCGUUUCUGGCGACAAGCAUGGUUCUAAGGACAUCCACAACCGUGAAUUGGACAAGCCACUUGCUGCUGCCCACAUGGGUUUGAUCUAUGUCAAUCCUGAAGGCCCUGAUGGCAACCCCGACCCUGUCGCUGCUGCCAGAGAUAUCCGUACCACCUUUGGUCGUAUGGCCAUGAACGAUGAAGAGACCGUUGCCCUCAUUGCUGGUGGCCACACGUUCGGUAAGACACACGGUGCCGGCCCAUCAGACAAGGUUGGUCCCGAGCCAGAAGCUGCAGACAUUAGCCAACAGGGUUUGGGUUGGAGCAACAGUCACGGAUCCGGAAAGGGUCCUGAUACCACAACCAGCGGUAUCGAAGUCACCUGGACCAAGACUCCUACCAAAUGGAGUAACAACUAUUUCGAGUACCUGUUCCGCUAUGACUGGGAACUCACCAAGAGUCCUGCUGGUGCCAACCAAUGGGUCGCAAAAGACGCAGAAGACAUUAUCCCCGAUGCCUAUGACCCAUCUAAGAAGCACAAGCCUCAGAUGCUCACCACCGAUCUUUCCCUUCGAUAUGACCCAAUCUACGAGAAGAUCUCUCGUCGCUUCUUGGAGCACCCUGACCAGUUUGCGGAUGCCUUUGCUCGUGCCUGGUUCAAGUUGCUGCACCGUGACCUUGGCCCACGAGCCCUUUACCUUGGUCCUGAAGUGCCUGCAGAGGUUCUUACCUGGCAAGAUCCUGUUCCUGCCGUCAACCAUCCCCUCAUUAACAAUGACGAUGUUUCGGCCUUGAAGCAACACAUCCUCGCCACAGGUGUCAAGCCAUCCAGCCUGAUCUCCACUGCCUGGGCAUCGGCUUCUACCUUCAGAGGUAGCGACAAGCGUGGUGGUGCCAACGGUGCUCGCAUUCGUCUUUCCCCUCAACGUGAGUGGGCAGUCAACAAGCAGCCGUGGCUGUCUGAGACCCUUUCUGUGCUCGAAACCGUACAGAAACAGUUCAACGAGUCCCAGUCUGGAGGAAAGAAGGUUUCCAUUGCAGACUUGAUUGUUCUCGCCGGUUCCGCCGCCGUCGAGAAGGCCGCUCACGACGCUGGAUUUGCCAUCACAGUGCCUUUCACACCUGGUCGUACAGAUGCUUCCCAGGAACAGACUGAUGUCCAAUCCUUCAGUGACAUGGAGCCCAUUGCCGAUGGUUUCCGCAACUUCGGCUCAUCCACGUCUCGCGUUCGCGCCGAGGAAUGGCUUGUUGACAAGGCACAGCUUUUGACCCUCACUGCACCUGAGUUGACUGUUCUCGUCGGCGGUCUCCGUGCUCUCAACACCAACUACGACGGAUCCGCUCACGGUGUCUUCACCAAGCGACCUGGCCAACUGACCAACGACUUCUUCGUCAAUCUCUUGGACUUGAACACCGCCUGGAAGUCCGCUGGUAGCGUCGACCUCUACGAGGGUACAGACCGCAAGACUGGUGCCAAGAAGUGGACUGCCACUCGUAACGAUCUCGUCUUUGGCUCCAACGCUGAGUUGCGUGCUGUGGCCGAGGUUUACGGUAGCUCUGAUAGCCAGGAGAAAUUUGUCAAGGACUUUGUGGCUGCCUGGGACAAGGUGAUGAACUUGGACCGCUUUGACUUGAAGCAGAAGCAGUUUGCUCCUGGCCACCGCCUUUAA